UUAGUGGGGAUGCCCAGACAGCCGGCCCGUACGCGCUAUAUGGAUUCUGUGGAGCUGGAUGCAGUUCUACUUGCGUUUUCCCGUUCAACGCAUUGUUUUGGCACAAAUUCGACGUGAAAACCUCGUACAAUAUGGUCCGCUUCUGUUGUGUAUUUGGAUGCACAACUUACAGGACAGAAAAUGGUGUGAGCUUUCACAAGUUUCCGAAAAACCUGGCGUUGCGAAAAGCGUGGGUCAUAAAGUUGAAAACAGCGAAGAAGCCUUCAGCGUACAGCGAAGUGUGCAGCAAGCAUUUCACCAAUGACGACUUCAGACAAACGACAAAGAAAGACAACAAAGGUCUUGUUCGUCCAAGACUAAAACCGACUGCGGUGCCUUCGCAAAGACUACCUAAAAGGCGUCAUGACAGAGAGACGCAGCAUCGGAAGUCGCCAGUCCGUAGGUGCGAGCCAAGUCUGCAAACGACUUCACGUGAAGUAGAGCAGAACGUAACACAGUGUUAUGACCACACCAAAGAAAUGUCUUGUGACUCACCAGCAGGAAGCUCUAGCGAGACAUCGAAUCAAGAAGUGUGUACUGAUGAGGCCAUACAAGAAAUGCUGAGCAAGAAUGAUAGCAUUUUGUGGGAUGUAUGUAUCCAAGUCAACACAUAUGAAUACAUGGAAACAAAGCUCCAAUCUUGUCAUUCUGCAAGGUAAAGUCAGAUGAACACCUGCGAAUUUUGACAGGCAUAAGUUGUCUACAGCUUAUUAGGAAUAUCAUAUCAGAAUUUUCUGAACUACGAUUGAGGUAUUCACCAAGAGGAUACGGUCUCAAUGACUGUGAUGUAGUUCUACUUACAAUGAUAAAGCUUUAUCACAACACAAACUUCAGCUUUCUGUCUGUACUGUUCGGUAUACACAGGACAACGGUGUCAAACAUUAUAAAGAGCGCCAUCUGCAUUUUAGCAGAAAUUCUUGGCACUGCAGUCUUCUUUCCUAGCAAGGAAUCUGUCUUGGAAAACCUGACAGUUUACUUUGACAAGUUCAAAAACACAAGGAUCGUGUUAGAUUGCACAGAAGUAGCUCUUGAGAGGCCAGGUGACCUGGUGUCACGUAUUCUUACAUACAGCCACUAUAAGAAAACCUACACCGCUAAAGUUUUGAUUGGGUGCACUCCAAGUGGGUUCAUCAGUUUUGUCAGUCAAGCAUUUGGUGGGCGUGCGUCAGACACACAUGUGACAAAAGAAUCUGGGGUUCUAAACAUGUGCCUACCUUACACAGACCAUGUUAUGACAGAUAAAGGCUUUCUCAUUGAGCACCAGUGUGAUGAUGCACGUGUACGUCUAAUUCGUCCCCCAUUCUUGAAGCAGAGGAAACAAAUGCAUGAAAGUGAGGCCUUGGCAAACCAGAAAAUUGCACGGGCACGUGUCCACGUAGAACGUGCAAUUCAGAGGAUUAAAGCCUAUAAAAUAUUGCAACAAAAGUUUCCUACGCAACUGUUGCCAGUUUUUGAUAAUGUGGUGCGUCUUCUUUGUGGUCUUGUAAAUUUAUCCAGGCCGAUACUUUCAGAAGAAAGGUUUCUCCAACCUUUAAGCCUCAACCAUCCUGUCCAAAAUAACACAUAUCACAGCCCAUAGAUAUAUCUAAAUAGGGCAAACAUUGUACAAUAAAUUUGGGUUAUGUGUUCAGUGUGAUAUAUUUGAGCGAUACAUGCAUUGUUAUAUUUGAGUGAUACACGCACUGUGAUAUUUUUUACUGAUACGUGCAUUGUGAUAUUUGGGUGAUACCUGCACUGUGAUAUUUUUGAGUGAUACGUGCACUUUGAUGUUUUUUAGUGAUGCGUGCAUUGUGAUAUUUGAGUGAAAUGUGCAAUAGUUAUUCAAGUGGCAUGUGCAAUAUUAUGUUCAGUGUGCAUUGUGAUAUUUGAGUGAUACAUGUACUGUGAUAUUUUUGAGUGAUGCGUGCAUUGUGAUAUUUGAGUGAUAUGUGCAAUAGUUAUUCAAGUGGCAUGUGCAAUAUUAUGUUCAGUAUGCAUCUAGUGGUGUUGAGUCUGUACAGCAUGUCAUGUAAUAAAAAAAUGAGGUUGAGCAAAACAUA